AUGGUUACAAAAGAGUUAGACAGACUAAAUUUAAGUAAUCAAUCAAUUUCAGAAGAAGAUAUUGAAGAAAAUAUAGAGCCAUCAUUUUUACCAAAAAAGAAAUAUCGAAUGUAUCCAAGUUUUCAAUUAAACUUAGACUUGACAAAUAAAGGUAGUGAUGAAGAAGAGUUUGAAGAAAUAGAUGAAGAAUUAAACGAUAAAUUA